AUGGGUUCCAUCACCCAGUCCACUCUACCAUCCGAUUUUGUCUGGGGCUUUGCGACGGCCGCCUACCAGAUCGAAGGUGGUGCAAAUGAAGAUGGUCGUGGUCCAUCCAUCUGGGAUACUUUUUGCAAGAUCCCCGGUAAGAUUGCUGGAGGCGGGUCAGGUGAGAUCGCGUGCGACUCAUACCAUAGAACUCAUGAAGACAUCGCUUUAUUGAAAACGUGUGGUGCCCAGGCCUAUCGUUUCUCAAUUUCAUGGUCUCGUAUCAUUCCUCUAGGCGGUCGCAAUGACCCCAUCAACGAGAAAGGUCUUCAGUUCUAUCUCAAAUUCAUUGACGACCUUCAUGCCGCAGGCAUCACGCCAAUGGUGACCCUUUUCCAUUGGGAUCUUCCCGAUGAAUUGAACAAACGAUAUGGCGGAUUCCUAAACAAGGAGGAAUUUGUUGCCGACUUCGCUCGUUAUGCCCGAGUUGUAUUCAACGCCUUUGGCUCCAAGGUCAAGCACUGGAUCACCUUCAAUGAGCCUUGGUGCAGUAGUGUCCUGGGCUACAACACUGGGUCUUUUGCACCCGGUCAUACAAGUGAUCGCACCAAGAGCUCUGUCGGUGACGGCUCGACAGAGCCAUGGAUUGUGGGACACAGUCUCCUCGUGGCCCAUGGAGCUGCUGUGAAGAUAUACCGAGAUGAAUUCAAAGAUCAGAAUGGAGGCGAGAUCGGAAUCACAUUGAACGGCGAUUGGGCCGAUCCCUGGGACCCAGAAAAUCCCGCUGAUGUCGAAGCCUGCGAUCGCAAAAUCGAAUUUGCAAUUUCGUGGUUCGCUGAUCCUAUCUACCUCGGAAAAUAUCCCGACAGUAUGAUCAAGCAGCUAGGCGACAGGUUGCCAACUUGGACUGCGGAAGACAUUGCUCUCGUGAAAGGCAGCAAUGACUUUUACGGAAUGAAUCACUAUUGUGCAAACUAUAUCCGUGCGAAGACUGGCGAACCCGAACUCGACGACAUCGCAGGAAAUUUGGAGCUGCUGCUCGAGGAUAAGAAUGGCAAGAGUGUUGGCCCAAUAACACAGUCACCAUGGCUGCGACCUUGUGCAAUUGGAUUCCGGAAACUGCUCAAGUGGUUAAGUGAUCGUUAUGGUUACCCUAAGAUCUACGUGACAGAAAACGGCACCAGCGUACUUGGUGAGAAUGACAUGCCUCUAGAUGAACUACUGGAGGAUGAAUUCCGUGUGCAAUAUUUCCGCGAUUACAUCGGUGCCAUGGCCGAUGCGUAUACGCUGGAUGGAGUGAACGUGCGGGCUUACAUGGCAUGGAGUCUUAUGGAUAACUUCGAGUGGGCAGAGGGUUAUGAAACCCGUUUUGGAGUCACCUAUGUGGACUAUGAUCAUGACCAGAAGCGCCUUCCAAAGAAGAGUGCCAAGAGCAUUGGCCAGAUAUUUGAUCGUUAUAUUGAGAAGGCUUAA